AUGCCAAUCACUAUAGUGAGACAGCGAUUGAUCCCUACUUCUCUGUACGAGUUCAUCGUGGCUGCAAGCAAUGGUAAUAGUGCUAGUUAUGGAAACAAAAUUAUGGAAGAUGGGAAUCCUAAUUUGUUGCUACAAUCUGAUAACGAGAAUGCUAUGGAGAAUUUGAAUAUGGUGGACAAUGAAAAUGUAGAAGAAGAUGUGGCGUUAGUGCCUAAGGUGGGUAUGACGUUUAGUGAUGAGAAGGAAAUGUUUGAUUUCUACAAAAAAUAUGCUUACACCGUUGGCUUUUCGGUGCGAAAAAGGAAUUCAAAAAAGGGGAAAGAUAGAGUUACGAGAUAUGUGACGUUCACAUGUAGUCGUGAAGGUCGAAGAACUUAUGCUAUAGGCGGUUCCUUGAAACCGCAACCAACAUGUCAAACUGAUUGUAAAGCAAGAAUAUCUGCAUCUUUAGAUAGUCUGGGAAUAUGGAGGAUUAACAAAGUGUACCUUGACCACAAUCACAAAACAAGCCCAUCAAAGUCUAGGUUGUACCGAUGCAACAGAAAAUUGAGUGCAAGUGUGAAACGAAAGCUUGAGGUGAAUGAUAUGGCAGGAAUUCCCUUGCAUAAGAGUUAUAAUUCUGCAGUUGUUGAGGCUGGUAGAUAUGAGAACACGACUUUUGUGGAGAAGGAUUGUCGGAAUUACAUUGAACAGGUGAGACGACUACGUCUUGGGGAAGGAGAUGCCCUCGCAAUACAGGCGUACUUUUCAAAGAUGCAGGCAGAUAAUAGAUGUAGGCAAUCUUACAGGGAGUUCGGUGAUGUUGUCACUUUUGAUACUACCUACCUCACUAAUAAGUACAACAUGCCGUUUGCCCCUUUCGUUGGCGUAAAUCACCAUGGCCAAUCCACACUGCUUGGCUGUGGAUUGUUGUCGAACGAGGACACAGGGACGUUUGUGUGGUUGUUUAGAACUUGGCUUGAGUGUAUGCACGGUCAAGCUCCUAAUGCCAUCAUUACUGAUCAGAAUCGGGCAAUGCAAAAUGACAUCCAGAUUACUCUUCCAAACACGAAGCAUAGAUGGUGCCUGUGGCACAUUAUGAAAAAGUUGCCUGAAAAGUUUGGAUACCACGUUGAAAAGAGCUCAAUAUUUUUUGCUAUACAUGGACUAGUAUAUGAUGCGGAGAAUGUACAAGAAUUCGAAAGAGGUUGGAGGUCGAUGCUCGAUAUGUAUGACUUGCAUGACAAUGCUUGGCUAUCAGGAUUAUAUGAGAACAAAGGUCGGUGGGUGCCUUAUUUUUUGAAAACCACAUUUAGUGCAGGCAUGUCCACGAGACAACGAAAUGAAAGCAUGAAUGCAUUUUUCGAUGGAUAUGUGCAUUCGAAAACCUCGUUGAAGCAGUUUGUGGAGCAGUACGAAAGAGCAUUAAGAAAUAAGGUGGAGAAGGAGUUCCAGGCAGAUUUUAGGUCUUAUUCCCAGAUGGUUCGUGAGGAUGUUGUUCUUCACGAGCACCGCAAGAAAAAAUCUUUUUGCGUAUCAUUUCGAAGGGAUACGUGUGAAUUGAUUUGUAGCUGCCACCUAUUUGAAUUUCGGGAAAUUAUUUGUAAGCAUGCUAUUGCAAUCUUGAUUCGUAAUGACAUAACAUCGAUGCCUGAGAGGUACAUAUUAAGGAGGUGGAGACGAGAUGUUAGUAGAGCACACUCGAGGAUCGCAGUACAUUACGAUGGAUUGGUCAGUAGUCCUGGACAGUUGAGGUACGACGAGAUGCGCCGAAUUUUUUCAGAGGUGACAGACCUAGCAGCAGAUGACGAAGUAUGGACACGCACUAUAACGGAGUGGAUGACAUCGCAAAUAAAAGAGUUACGGAAGUCUAAGUCAAGUGUUGGAAGCGUUGUCUACUCCCAGCCUAACAGUAGCAGUGGAGACAUAUUGGAUCCAGUAAUUUCUAAUAGAAAGGACGCACCGAAGAAACUUUGGAGGAAAUGA